GAGCCCAGGGCCCCAAGGCACGAUGGGAAGAUUCCCUAAUGGCUCACAGAACACUCCGGGCGGAUACAAAAUCUGAAUGACAAUUCCCAAGCUAUAAUACAUUUUUUUUUUUUUUUUUUUUGAGUUAGCGCAUGCGGGGUUUUUAACCGCUUGCGCAUGCGCCCUUCAAGUUUCCGGGGACAAGGUCAACGUACUUCCUGUAGCAGGCGACAGGCUCAUGGCUUUCCUCCUUCGAGCUGUGCCAAGGUUGCAGGGACCCACUGCAUGGAGGAGACUUCUACAGCCACAGUGGUGCUACGCUGGGCAGGGGGAUUCCAAAAGGUGGGUGGGGAGCAGGUCUCCCCCCUCACAGGAGAAGCCACCAGGCACCGAGACUGAACAGUUCCACACAAUCUACCGUUUCAAUGCCAUCAGAGCCCUUGGGUUCCUGUCUCGGCUGAAGUUGUCACAGACAGCUGUGACUGUGGUGGCCCUGCCCCCAGGCUUCUACUGCUACUCACAGGGACUCAUGACCCUCGAUUCACUGUGCCUUAUGAGUGGGACCGCCAGCUUUGCCCUGAUCAUGUUGUGUUGGAUGAGCCACUUUUUCCGGAGACUGGUGGGCAUCCUGUAUGUGAAUGAGUCAGGCACCCUGCUUCGAGUGGCCCACCUGACCUUCUGGGGCUGGCGACAGGACACAUACUGUGCUGUGUCAGACAUGAUACCCCUGUCAGAAUCCGAGGAAUGGGUCCAGGAUGUGUUCGUGCGCAUCCAGCAGUACAGUGGCAAGCAGACCUUCUACCUCACCUUACGCUAUGGCCGAAUCCUGGACAGGGAUCGUUUCUCCCAAGUGUUCGGCACCCUGGCCAAACUCAAGAACAGCAGCUAGGCCUCUCCUAGCGCUGGUUACAUUUGGAUUUUAAACAGAAGGCCAAGGACAUGGAUGAGACAAAAACUAAUACCUGGGACUGGGCUGAUGCUCACUUUGUAAACUGCUUGUCUGGCAUGCAGGACGUGAAGCUCUGGGUUCAGUCCGGAGCACUGCAUAGGACCAGGCAUGGCUGUGCCUGCCUGUCCUCGGUGCUGGUGACACAGGCACAGGAGAAGUUCAAGGCUGUUUUAGACCAAAAAGGAAGGUAUUAACCAGCUUUAGGGAAAAGCCCUUAGUGGAACAUUAUACUGUAUAAGACAUCCCAUCUCAUAGUGGCCAGAAGUUUCUAUGAAGAGGCAGUUCCUGGAGGAGUGCUAUGCCAAGAUCACCGAAGAGCCUGCUGCUGUGAAGCUGGAAGGCAGGAAGAUUGGCAGAGGAGCACAGGAUGUAGAGCCUGGGGAUUUGGGUUCUGCUGAGCCUUAGUUCCUUGACCUGGGGCAAGGGUAUUAAGGUUCUGAACCUUGAAUUGCAGUCUGAGAUGGAAGACCCUUCUCAUGGGGACAGAUAUGAAAAUAACAACGACUGGGGCUGGGGCUUUGUGGCAGAGCUCUUGCCUAGCAUGUCCUAAGGUCCUAAGUGCCAUCCCAAGCACCACAGAACAGGCAAACCCCGUGACCACUGAGUGCUGUGUAAGGUAAGCAGCCCAGAACUUACGACAUAGAGCAAGGCUUCCCGGCUGCUUCCCACUGGGGCCCAGCACUGCUCCCCAUGCUCAUCAGCUGUAUUGCCACGGCGAAAGCCCAGAGUAGACUUGUUCUCCCAUCAGGAAGUCACUGUACACCAACCGAGGUAGGGACCGUACCCCCUGAGACUACAUCAAUCACCAGGAGGUGCUCAUACUUGGGAGCUUUGCAGUGUCAUGGGGCAGAGGGACUCUGUCCAAGCCAAACGUCAUCAUCUGAAGGACAGUGUAUAUGCUGCUUUUCAUAAUGAAGAACAAACACGUGCUUAUUAGGUGAUUGUACCUGCAUUGAAAGGAAAACAGCCACGAUCUUUGUAUUUGUCCACCAGAAUGCCGUGUUUUGUAGCUUUUUAGUAAUUUUCUUCCUUUAAGAAGUUUUCUUUCAAUUAUUUAUUUGUGUGUGUGCCACUGUGCAUAUAAGGAGAUUGGAGGACAACGUUUUCAAGUCACUUUCCUUUUACCAUUUGGGUCUUGGGGGUUAAAUUCAGGUUGUCAGCACCUUCACCCACAGCCAUCUUGCUGGUCCUCUAUAAAGUAAGCAAGAGCAUGAACAGGCAACAUGGGAAAUCUGAGAGCACGAGAGGUAGUCUUCCUCAGGGAAGGGCACAUCCAAUAUGAAAUGGGUGGCCCUGAAAACGUGCACAUACAAGUACAGAGUGAGCAGGUUAUAUUUAGAAGCAUAUGCACAUACACACAACAGUAUUUAAGGGAAUAAAAGAGGCAAUGAAUUUGAAAGGGCACCAGAGGAUAUAUGAAGGUUUGGAGGGAGUAAAGGGAAAGGCAAAUACAUGUAAUUAUAUUGUAAUACAUGUAAUUAUAUUGUAAUCUCAAAAUAAAAAACCUUAAAAAUGUGCACAUCAAAUC